AUGAAAGAUUUAGAAACAGCUAAGAAAAUACUUCGCAUGGAGAUCAGAAGAGAUCGAGAAGCCAACCGACUAUUCUUAACCCAGAAGAAAUACUUGGAGAAGGUCUUGGAGAGGUUUCGCAUGAAAGAAGCUAAACCAGUAAGUACUCUUGCUGCUCAUUUUAAGUUAUCAACUACUCAAUUACCCCAGUCAAAGAAAGAAGAAAGAUAUUUCACAAGCAGUAAGUGUGGUAAGUCGAUAUAUGGCUUAUCCUGGAAAAGCACAUUGACAGGCGGUGAAAUGGAUUCUAAGAUACUUGCGUGUUGGAAAGCUACAUCACAACACGUAGUAGCUUUAUCUACUACUCAAGAAGAAUAUAUGGCAGUGACCGAGGCGAUCAAAGAAGCCUUAUGGUUGAAGGCAAGCCAAGAUUUCGAAACAGACUUGAACUGCAACAGGGAUUUAACAGAGAGUCCUAAGAGGACUUCAACUAUGAGUUCUGUUGGAAGUGUUGGCAUUGUAAACACUGUAGUUUGCAUUGAAUUUAAUGAAAAUGGAAGGGAAUUUGUCAACUCCAAAGGAAGCGGGAAGCUAAUGCUUCUAGAGUGA